CUCACAGCUCACUGACGUCGUACGACUUACGAAAUAACAUAGUUAAAUGAAUAAUUUACUCGAAUGUUAAUCAAUUCCGUGGCCCACUGAUAAUGAGGCGAUAACGCUCAGUAGUGAUCGCGACCGAACACAGGGCUCGCGUCAUGCUCUUUAUAAUUAUUUAAAAUUCGUGUUCUUAGUUCUUUCAUAGCAAUGUCGAUUCUUGUUCGUAGAUCUGUAUUCCAACUUAGAACCGUGAACCGGUGCCGGAAAAUCAAGCUGACGACGCAAAGUGCGAGAAACGUAUCACAGCUAUCUUACAAAACGCCUUUGAAUGAAAGCUUAAGCAAAGAGUUAAGGCAUUUCCACACCAGUCAUGCUGUCAACAAAAUCGUCGCUUUCAAGCUUUCUGAUAUCGGUGAAGGGAUACGAGAAGUCGUCAUCAAGGAAUGGUUCGUCAAAGUCGGUGAUAAUGUUCAACAAUUCGACAACAUUUGCGAAGUACAAAGCGACAAGGCAGCUGUCACCAUCACUAGCCGAUACGACGGUAUCAUAACACGGCUGUACCAUGAUAUUGAUCAGACCGCUCUUGUAGGACAACCCCUAGUCGAUAUUGACGUGCAAGACUCUGAAAAUGACGGGAAACCCACAGACGCUGCGCCUGAUAAACCUGUUGCUGAAAUAGACGCUCCGAAAACGGAACAAAACCAAAAAAUUAAAGUAUUAACUACUCCGGCGGUGAGAAGAAUCGCCGCUCAAUUUAAAGUAGACUUGAGUGCCGUUAAAGCAACUGGUAGAAACGGAAGAGUUCUUAAGGAAGACAUGUUGUCUCAUUUAAACAUUAACUCGGAUGACUCGAACGAAGUCGUAUUACCUGGUAGUGUCAGAGCUGUAGAAAUACCAGUUACAAAAGCGCAGGCAAGAGUAGAAUUAGCUCUCGAGGAUAAAGUUGUCCCUGUUACCGGCUUCCAGAGAGCAAUGGUUAAAUCUAUGACGGAGGCCAUGAAAAUUCCGCAUUUUGUAUUCAGCGACGAGUACAACGUGACAAAACUGGUUGAAUCGCGUGCAGCACUCAAAAAGCAAGCGGAAGAACGUGGGGUUAGACUAACUUACAUGCCGAUCAUCAUCAAAGCGGCAUCUUUAAGUUUGAGCUAUCUACCCAUUCUCAACAGUAGUCUCGAUAGCUCCUGUGAAAAUCUAAUUUACAAAGCAAGUCAUAACAUAGGCGUUGCUAUGGAUACGCCCAACGGAUUAGUCGUACCUGUUAUCAAGAAUAUCCAAAUUAAAUCAAUAUUAGAAAUUGCACAAGAGUUAAAUACAUUACAAGAGAAAGGAUCGAAGGGGCAACUUGGAUUGAAUGAUCUCACCGGCGGGACAUUUACAAUAUCAAAUAUCGGAAUUGUUGGAGGUACUUACACGAAACCGGUGAUAUUCCCACCGCAAGUUGCAAUUGGAGCAUUAGGAAAAAUACAGGUUCUCCCGAGAUUUGAUUCUCAAGGGAACGUUGUGAAGGCUCACAUUCUGUCGGUCAGUUGGUCUGCUGACCACAGAGUCAUCGACGGCGUGACAAUGGCGCGCUUCUCAAAUCAUCUCAAAAAUUAUCUUGAAGACCCCUACAUUCUACUACUAGACUUAUAGCCUUCGUAAUGACUGUAUUAAUGUUGUUGGUUAUUAUUAUAUCUAAAUAUAUAUUUUUAUAAG